GUGGUGCGCAUCAAGCGCCUAAGGAGGCGCAGGAGGCGCAGGCGCUUCGUGCUCUCGUGCCGUUUUGCUCUGGAUGGAGACGCGACACGCGGCUCUGGGAGCGUUGGGAGCGUCGCCGCUGCUCGUCGUUCCGCGGCGCUCGUGGCGGCAGCGGCUCCUGUGGCCUCUCCUCCUCUCCGUCGGGGUCGUGGCGCUCGCGGCGAGCGGCUGGGGCGGGCAGCAGGCCGCCGCGCUGAGCAUCGAGGUGGUCGGUCGCCCGAUCGCGCAGAAGAUCGUGGACCACGCCGAGGUCGAGAUCCACGAGGUCCGGCUGGCGCCCGCCUCAUGGGAGGGCCUGCAGGCCAGAGCGGGCAUGCUGGCGGUUGACUGCUCGAUCGACAUGUCGGUCGACGUCAUCUACACCGCCGUCCGGUCGACGCUCGGCUCGGCAGACCUGCACAUCGAGCACGACGGGCGGCACGUCGGCGUCCUCUCGACCCUGCCGCUCAACCUCGGCGGCGGCGGCAGCGUGCGGUUGGCGAUGGCGGGCACGCUGGUGGUGGAGGACGAGGAGGCGUUCCGGCACCUCGUGCAGGCCGUCACGUAUGGCGACCGCUUCUCCCUCCAGGUCGCGGCCAUGACCUCGGUGGUCCUGCGCGGCAAGGAGAACGGCUGCCUCCUCUCCAAGGGCACUUGCGCCACGGUCGGCACGUGGAAGAUCCCAAACGUGCGCUUCGCCAAGACAGUCAACCUGCUCGGCGCCAGAGGCUUCCCCGUCACGCUGCAGGAGUUCCGCGUGCGCGACAUGCCGGGCGAGGGGGGGGCGCCGCCGAUCCCGGGCGCUCCAAUCUUCAUCGAGCUGCAGGCGCAGAUCUCGAACCCGUCCUCCUUCUCCCUCUCCAGCCUCGACGUGAUCGACCUCGACAUCCACACCGACCGAAACGAGCAGACCGGCGUCGACGGAGUGCGCUUCGUGGCGGUGCGCACGCCGCCCGGCUUUUACGUCGCGCGCGGCACCUCUCCUUGGUGGCCCAUCUCGGGCAAGCUCGAGGUGCCUCCGCGCGAGCUGGACAUGUACUCGGUCUCGAGCCUCUUCGCGCGCCUCCUCAAGCACGACGCCAGCGACAGCAGGCUCGGCCUCUCGGUCGAGAUGAGGGGCGACUCGCGCCGCUUCUACGACGCCGCCGUGCGCGGGCUCGCCAUCGGCGCCGCCCUGCCUCCGCUGCAGCUGCAGAAGCCAGCCCACGGGAGCUCGAUGCCCUACCCGUUCGUGCAGGCCGCGCACAUCGACCUCGACAUCCCGAAGGCGAUCUUCACCCUCACCCAGCCCUUCGGCGACCACGUGAUGAAGAACUACAUCUGGCUCGACCUGCACAACCCGCUCGACGUCUCAGUCGCCGUGGUUGGCGUCGUGGCGGACAUCACGACCGUGGACGGCGUGCACGUGGCGACGGUCAGCCUGCGCUCCUUCGAGAAGGAGGGGCUCGACCCCAUCGUCGUUGCGCCGGCGUCCGCCUCGCAGACGGGCUACUACCCCCUCUCCCUCGACGGCUCCAUCCCAAGCACCAUCGGGCUCCUCACCGAGCUGCUCAACGGCCCAGUCCACGUGACGAUCCACACGAAGGUCUUCGCGCACGUCGCCGGCAUCUCCCCCAUCAUCGAGUACGAGCAGACCAACGUCACCGUCCGGCUCCACUAGCUCGGCCGAGACGCACCUUCCCCCACAGCGCGGAGCUUUUUGUUGAGCUGCCCCCCCUCUCUUGUACUUUGUGCUGUGCUGGUUGUGCUGUCGUUGGCCCUGUCGUCUAGGCGUUACGUGCAGGGGUGCGCGCGUUUCGUGCGAGUGAUGCGUGUCUCAUGCGAGGGCAGAGGAUGUGUCCGUACCACAUGUACUUGUAGAGUUAUUUCUCUCUUAUUACUUUGCUGAAA